AUGAAGUUAUUCUGUUGGAAUAUGGAAGUGCCCUAUGACGAAUUUUCUCCUGCCGUUCUAGCUUGUCUUCCUGAAGUUUUUUGGUCUUCACAUCCUUUGGAUCCUCCAGAACGUGAAGAUUUGACGUUGUACUCCUUGACCCAAGCUGUCUAUUUUGCUGCUGGAACAGUUCCAAGGGAUCAAUAUUUACAUUAUGGUCUAGCUGUUCAAGUUUAUACACAUUUUACUUCUCCAAUUCGUCGUUAUGCCUAUGUUAUGGUUCAUCGACUACUUGCAGCACUUAUUGGAGUAGAUCAAAUACAUCCAAAUAUGUUGGAUAGAAGAAAGUUGAUUCGUCAGACGGAGAACAUGAACAGGCGCCACAGACGAGCUCAAUAUGCUAGCCGUGCUUCUGUACUGUUAAACACAUUUAUGAUGGUUAAAGAAAAUCCUGAACCUUGUCUCUCCGCUAUUGUUAUUGGGAUACGUUCAAAUGGAAUUCAGGUGUAAUGAUACCCAAAUUUGGCUUGGAAUCAAUAAUUUAUUUGAAUGAUGAUACUGGAACUUGGACUCGUGGACUUUUAUUUAUGCUCGUGGACUUUUAUUUUUUUAUGAUUUUUUUAAAAUUGUUUUUUUUUGGUACACCCCAACUUACCGCGAGGCCAACCUACCGCCGAGGUAUAACUUUCAAAGAUAUCGAAUCCG